UGAUAACAUGGAUAACAUGUGAUGACAUGUUCACUGAUGUUCACUUAUGUGCUUAUGCACAUUAUAUUUUUUUUCAGACUUAAGUGUAUCAGUAUUAAUCAACAGAAUCUGUUUUUAUCGAAAUAUAUACUUUUAUAAAUUAUUUUUACAUUUCUGGCUAAGAAAGAUUUAUUAAUUGGUUAUAUGAUUGUCGAAUGUUUGUCAUGAUUUCUCCGUUAUUGUGAAACUUCUCCGAAUUAUUGAAACGAAAUAUCAUGAUUAAUGUGAGCGUAAGUCAGCUUGUGAAUCAAGUAGACAAAAGUCAUUUUACAUUGUACACAGAAUGGGAGGAUACGCAUUUUAAAAUCAUAUUAUUAAGGUCGUCCACAGUUCCAUUGAGAGGCGAGAUGCACACAGAGAAUGCCAAUUACUUUCUAAAACAUCUGGACGAGUCCUUUGAGACAUAUUUGGAGAAAACUCGACAUGCAUUUUCUGGAGCAAAUGCGGACAUAUAUUUCUUUCUUGAAGAUUAUACGUUUACAUGGAAGCAGCAAAAUAUUCUCAUUCGUGGAGAAAUUGCAGUGCAACCUCUUUCAAAUUUAUUAGUUAUUUCCGAUACUUUGAUGCAAUUGUCAGAGCUUUAUGAAAAAUGUCAAGAACAAAUACAAACAUUGGAAAAAGAAAAUGAUGGCUUGAAGAAAACCAACACAAAGUUAAUCACAGAUAUAGAAGAAAUGAUAGAUAUAAAAAACAUCAUGGAAAAGGAUCUUUACACAAAAUUUCUUUUACUUCUGAAUACAAAGAAGAAAAGAAUUAGGGAACUUCAAAAGGUUUUAAAUAGUAAGGAACAGACAACAAGAUCAGUAUACGAAGAAACCACUGAUGAUGAAAGCCAGGGAUCAGAUAUAGAGAGCAAGAAAAUAUAUAACACUAAUGCUAAAUCAUUUAAUACGAGAAAACGCACGGCGGAUUAUGAGAAUGAACAUAAAACUAUACUAAAGAGUGAUGAACGAAAUUUUAAAAGACGUAUAAAUUCCAGUGAAGGUGCAAGUCCUGAACCUUCAACUAGCAAGAUUAAAUCAGAAAAUAUAGACACGCAUGAUGUAAUGAAAUCUAAACACACACUUGAUAUUUCAGACGAAGAAUCUGAAGAGGAUAUGUUUUCUUAAUGACAAAAGUUAUUUAUCACAUUUGCAGUUUCUUACACCUAAAAGAUAAGAUAAUGCAAUUAGACCAUAUUCAUA